AUGGAUUUGGAUUUGGCUUUGAUCGAAGACAAGCCCGCAACUCUCACUACUUCCAGUACAUCUGAACAGAAAUUGAAGUUGAAGAAUUGGGAAACGUCGAAUCGAAUGUCUCUCCUUGUUAUGGAGAAGACAAUUUCUGCAUCUGUGCUUGAGGAAAUACCUGCUUCUGAGAAUGCAAAAGAGUUUUUGGCAACUAUAAUUCAGAAGUAUAAGCCAGAAGAUAAGGCACAAGUUAGAAAAUUGAUCACUGCUCUCAAUUCUGCUAAGUUUGAUGGUGUUGGGUCCGUAAGAGAGUAUAUUCUGGGAUUGGCUGGCAUUGCAAAUAAGCUGAAAGUGCUGAAGGUCCCCAUAGAUGAGACCUUCUUGGUGCAUAUUGCCGUAAACUCUCUUCCAAGCUCUUAUGGGCAAUUGGUAACAGUAUACAGCAUUCUGAAGGAGAUGUGGACAGUGGAUGAGCUUAUUUACGUCUGUGUUCUAGAAGAACAGAGGCAAAAGAAUGAGAAGGGAAAGUGA